UUGAUAUGUUGGUAAACAUUCGCGGUGAAACAGUAGAAAUCGUAGAUAGCAACAGAGAUUGUUUCCGAAGUGCGCGUUAAUUUAUAUCAUUUCAGCAUGAGCAAUACAGUACGCCUUGCUUCAUUUUGUCGACUUUGCUUGUCCAAAACAUCGAACAAAGUUCCCAUCUACGGCAAUGGAGUGUCGCUGGAAAAUCUGCUGCAACUGAUCGAGAUAAAGAUUGAUCCUGAUGAUGAACCAGAUGCGGUGGUUUGUUUUGAUUGUAUGGUAACUCUGGAAGGAUUUUAUCAGUUUAAAGAACAAUGUCAUGUUAACGAUGAGUUCGUAAGAAAUAUACCAAAAAACGUCGAUUCGAACAAUACUGCAGAGGAGGAAGACGAUGAACUCAGCUGCGACUAUUUAGAUGAGGUCGAAAAUGAGUCCAACAAAGAUUAUGCUGAUAACUAUCAGGAAGUGGAAGAGGAGAAUGAGACUGUUAAAUACGAGAUAAUGCAGAUUGAAGAACCGGAAGAACCUAAAGUACAACUCAAACGGAAAGCAAUAUCUCCCAAUUCAGACAAACUAGUCACAAAACCACCCAAUGCAAACAGUAAGAUACAAUCUCCAGAGACGCUUGAUGCAGAGGUAAUUGAACAAAAAUGUGCUAAACUGCUCGUACCGACGAGACCAUCCAAGGGGCCCACUAUCGACGAUUUACAAGUGCUUGCCGACUCGUAUCCGGAUUAUUUCUACUUCGAGAAAGGUCCCCGCUCGGUGUAUUUCACGUUGGUAUUCUAUGGAGAACGUUACCAUUCGGCUCUUUUCACGGAACGCUUCACUUACUGGCAAUGUAUCCACCGUCGGAAAUAUCAGUGUCCGGCCCAAGUCUGUGUCACGAACAAUUACCAGAAGUUCGAACGUAGAUAUGAACACACACACGGAGAACUGCCGGAGAAGGAAGGGAAAAUUUUCACACCAUUACAAGCGUUGCCUGAACUGUUUCAGGCUUGUCGGAAGAUCGUCAUCCAAAAACGUGCGAAACGACGACAAAAGUUGCUCGAUAAAUACCAGUAUCUGAAAACCAGUGAGUCUGAAUCGGAUGAACCAGAAGCCAGAAGGAUAGAUGAAAACCACAUCAAAGAGGAAAAUGAAUCCAAUGAACCAAGAAGAACAGCGCGGGCGAGAAAAACUAUCAAACAGGAAGGCUUCCAAUAUGAUGACGAAUGAUACAAUGAACAAUAUUAUGUUAAGAUGUUUUUUUUUUAUCCAAAAUAUAUAUUUUAUUAAGGCUCAUAUGGCGUCAGCCUAACGGGGCCGGGAGUUCAAUAUUUUGACAAUGUUUGCUUACAACUAUGUUAGUAAUAUGUAACCGAUUACUCGCGGUUGACUCGAGGUUAGUAUUACAAGUGUUCUCAUAAUUGGUAUGUCUCAGUCUUCGAUGCUCUGUACGUGUGCCCGAAACGGGAUACUUCCUAUUGGGAUGCAGCUGACCAUUAAUCAGCAACGCCCCCCUAGUCUGUACCCCAUAUCUAGCGUGGUGCGUCUUUCUCGACUCGAGGAAUCCAGGAUAGAAUGGUCACUAGCCGGCGCAAUCAUCAGCUCGUGUAGAGUUGUCAUUUGGCUCUUGUUGAAUGAUCAGUGGACUGCACAACCUUAGGCCCGUGCAUCUGUAAAGAGUGUGUG